CUGGAAGCGGGAGCCGGGGUGGUGCUGGGGAAGCCGCGUAGAGCCGGGAGCUAGCGCCCUGGGCCUCCCGGGGUGGGGGCCAGGCGUUGGAGCCCAGACUGAUCAUGGCUGGCAGACCCAUCCGCAUAGGAGACCAGCUGGUUCUGGAGGAAGACUAUGAUGAGAACUACAUCCCCAGCGAGCAUGAAAUUCUUGAAUUUGCCAGAGAGAUUGGUAUUGACCCCAUAAAGGAACCACAGCUGAUGUGGCUGGCGCGGGAGGGCAUUGUGGCCCCACUGCCUGUGGAGUGGAAACCAUGCCAGGACAUCACAGGUGAUAUUUACUAUUUCAAUUUUGCCAACGGGCAGUCCACGUGGGACCACCCCUGUGAUGAACACUAUCGGAACUUGGUGAUCCAAGAGCGGGGCAAGCUGUCAACUCCUGGGGCCACUAAGAAGAAAGAAAAGAAAAAGAAAAAGGAAAAGAAAAACAAGAAGGAUAAAGAGACCUCCAAGAGUCCCCUGGCCCUGGGCUCCUCGUUAGCCCCCGUCCAUGUUCCUCUUGGGGGCCUGGCCCCGUUAAGGGGCCUGGUGGAUGCCCCGGCCUCUGCUCUUCGUGGACCUCAGAGUGUGAGCCUGGGGAGCUCGGUGGAGUCCAGUCAGCUCAGAGAACUCUUGCUGCCGUCACAGGGUCUCAAGCCUUCUGCUUAUGCAAAAGGUCUCCUGGGCUCCAUCCAUGAGGACAAGAACGCUCUCAGCCUGUUGGCUUUAGGGGAGGAGACCAACGAGGAGGAUGAGGCAGAGAGUGACAACCAGAGUGUCCGCAGCUCAAGUGAGCUUCUUAGGAACCUGCACCUGGAUAUCGGGGCGCUGGGGGGUGACUUUGAGUAUGAGGAGUCUCCAAGAGCAAGCCAGCCAGAGGAGAAGGACGUUUCUCUUGAUUCCGAUGCUGCCGGCCCCCUUACUUCUGGCAAGCCCUUCAGUCAAGGUGCAGACAGCAGCCUGAGCAGUGCUGACAGCAAAGAGCAACAGCGAAGAGAGGCAAGUUGGCUCCCAGAAAAGGGAAAGAAUGAGAAGGAUGCUGGGACGUCCGGAAGUGUGGUGGACCCCGGAGGUGAUCAGCCUGCCAAUACCACUGAAAAAGAGGCACCAGAGAACCCGGUGGACGCAGGAGAGGAGGGUUCCAGGAAGGAAGAGGCAGCAGAGGAGCCAAAGGAGGAGGCCUCUGUCCCGAAAGAGAGCAGAUCAGAGGCGAGUGAAGAGUCGGAGAUCAGUGAACCCGGGAAGCAACUACAGCUCUCAGACUCCACUGCUUCUGACCCCAGGUCCUUCCUUGGCUUGGACGUCGGUUUCCGCAGCCAGAUCUCAGAGCACCUGCUGAAUGUGGACGUGCACUCCUCCGUCCUGGAUGGAGCCCACUGGGAGGCCCAGAGGUUGGGAAGAGAAGACAAGGAUGCCAGCCGGUCCAGCCAAGAGGCGCUGCAGAGCAAGCGGUCCGGAGGCUUGGAGAGAGAGAAGAGGGCAUGCCAUGCCAGGCGGGGCCACGUGGGGAAGGACCAGAGUUGGUCAGGAGGGGAAAGAAGCGAGAAGGAAGAGCAUGACCCAGAGCUGUUAUUGGGGUUUUCGUGGGAAGCAAUGGGUGAGGCGGGGCGAUCUGCAGAGCCCGCAGCUCCCCGGGAGCAGCUCUCAGAGGCUGUGCUGGAGGCCACGGAAGAGGCGGUGGCCCGAGAACUCGAGCAAGAACAGACACGGCUCCUGGAGUCCAAGCGAGAGAAGAUGCAGCGACUGCGGGAGAAGCUGUGGCAGGAGGAGGAGGCGGAGGCCCUGCAACUCCACCAGCAGAAAGAGAAGGCGCUCAGUUCCCUGAAGGAGCAGCUGCAGAGAGCCACCGAGGAGGAGGAGACCCAGAUGAGAGAGCAGGAGCGCCAGAGGCUGUCCCAGCUCCGCGCCCAGGUGCAGUCCAGCUCGGAGGCCGAUGAGGACCAAAUCAGGGCUGAGCAAGAGGCUUCCCUGCAGAGGCUGCGAGAAGAGCUGGAGUCUCUGCAGAAGGCCGAGAGGGCCAGCUUGGAAGAGAGAAGCAGGCAGACCCUGGAGCAGCUCAGGGAAGAGAUGGAGGCUUCAGAGAAGAGGGAGCAGGCUGCCCUGAAGGUGGAGAAGGAGAGGGCCUUGCAGCGGCUGAGGGAGCAGCUGGAAGGGGAGAGGAAAGAAGCAGCGGCAGCGCUGGAGAGGGAACACAGAGAGGAGCUGGAGCGGCUCUCCUCCUCGCUGGAGGCCAAGCACAGGGAGGUGGUCUCCAGCCUCCAGAAGAAGAUGCAGGAAGCUCACCAGAGAGAGGAGGCCCAGCUGCAGGAGAGCCUUGGGCGGGCGGAGCAGCGAGCCCAUCACAAGGUGUAUCAGGUGCUGGAGUACGAACAGGAGCUCAGUGGCCUCCUGAGAGAGAAGCGCCAGGAGGUGGAGCGGGAGCACGAGCGGAAGAUGGACAGGAUGAAGGAGGAGCACCAGCAGGUGGUGGCUGAGGCCAGGCAGCAGUACGAGGCCGAGGAGAGGAAGCAGCGGGCUGAGCUCCUGGGGCACCUGACGGGAGAGCUGGAGCGCCUGCACAGGGCCCAUGAGCGAGAGCUGGAGUCGGCGAGGCAGGAGCAGGACCAGCAGCUGGAGGACCUGCGGCGGCGACACCGGGAGCAGGAAAGGAAGCUCCAAGAUUUAGAGGUGGAACUUGAAACCAGAACCAAGGAUGUCAAGGCCCGAUUGGCUCAGCUGGAUGUCCAGAAGGAGGCGGCCCGAAAAGAGAAGCAGCAGCUCCUCGACGCGCAGAGGCAGGUCGCGCUGGAGAGCGAGGAAGCCACAGCCACCCAUCAACACCUGGAGGAGGCAAAGGAGGAGCACGCCCACCUGCUGGAGUCAAACCGGCAGCUCCGAAGAAUCCUCGAGGAGCUUCAGGCCCGCAAGUUGGAGCUGGAGUCCCAGGUGGAGCUGCUGCAGGCCCAGAGUCAGAGGCUGCAGAAGCAUGUCAGCGACCUGGAGGUCCAGGCUCAGAAGCAGCAGGACUUGUUGAAAGAGCUGGAGGUAAAGGACAGUAACGCUUCCCCACAUUUGGAGCCCAAUCUCCUCCUUGAGGACCUGAGGAGAUCCCCCCGGACAAGCAAGGAGACUGACCUAUCCUUGGACAGCGCUCGGCACUACCUCUCUGCUGAAGGGGUGGCUCUCCGCAAUGCCAAAGAGUUCCUCGUGCGACAGUCACGCUCCAUGCGGAGGCGGCAGACAGCUCUGAAGGCUGCCCAGCAGCACUGGCGCCAGGAGCUGGCCAGCACUCAGGAGGCAGCCAAAGACCCACCAGGCACCAAGGCCCUGGAGGACGUGUGCAAGGACCUGGAGGAGGAGACCAGGCACCUGGAUGAGAUGAAGUCAGCCAUGCGGAAAGGCCACGACCUCCUGAAGAAGAAGGAGGAGAAGCUGCAUCAGCUGGAGUCCUCUCUCCGGGAAGAGGCUUCCGAUGAGGACACGCUGAGAGGACCCCCCACCAAGAAGGUGGUGACCUUUGACCUCAGUGACCUGGAAGAUGGGAGCAGUGACAGUUCUGACUCCUGCCCCCUGCCUCGCUUCAGCCUGGCCCCAAGCCCCACCUUCCCAAACAAGAUCCACUACCUGAGCAGCUCCCUGCAGAGCAUCAGCAGCCAGCUCAACGGGGUGCUUGGUGUCCUGGGCAGCCUCAACGCCCAGCCGCCACCGCUCUUCUCCACGCCCGUGCCGCUCCCCACCCAGGCCUCCAGGAGCACCCCGGCUCCCCCCAACCCCUCCCUGGCCCGGGGCUCAGCCUCGUCCCUGGCUCAGCCCACGUCUGCCCAGUGGACCUGGGACCCGGGGCUGGGCCCCAGGCUCUCUUCCUCUGCGGCUCAGACCGUGGACGACUUCCUGGUGGAGAAGUGGCGCAAGUAUUUUCCAACUGGCAUCCCGUUCCUCAACAGUGGUCCUGCCCCCUUGGAAAAUAGGCUGGGCUAUGUGUCUGCCAGUGAGCAGCUCCGCCUCCUGCAGCGUCCCUAUUCCCGAGUCCCUGAGGUGGGCACCUCCAACUUGCAGGACCUGAUCGCGGCUAAUCGAAAGUGGCUAGAACGUUACAAGAACGACCCCAAGUUACCUCUCUUCUCCUUGGUGCCCAAGCCAGCGGCUGGUUCCAGCCUCUUGCAGCUGGACCUGGAUGGGAACAACAGACUGAAAGUCUAUCACUACUGAGGCGCUGAGCCGGGGGGCAGCCUGGCCUCUCCUGCACCCAGACCAUGUGCCCUACUUGCUGCCUGCACGUUACUCCCCUGAUAAAGCAUCCUCCUGGCCCCCCUCUGUGCUGCUUGCCUCACUUGGAACUUAGAGGAGCCCCGGGGCACCAGGGGAAACGGAGGGUUGACCGGGAACAUUAAGCCACCCCUAGACUGUAGCAUCUCAGGCUGCCCUGUGUGGCUUAUGCGUGAGCCUGGCGACACUGACGUGGGGCAGAGGUGGCGCUGGGGGAGCUCCUGCUUCAGAGGCCAGGGGACUCCAUUGGAGUGGAGUCGGUCUCUUGGACCUGUGGGGCCCGCUUGGAGCUCCCAGGGUCACAUAUGUGGUCCCUCACUACCCAGAACAAAGCCCCCCCGGCAUGUGUGUCCUCUGGGACCAGGGCCCGCCUUUCUAAUACCUCAGCCCUGUAGAGAUCAAGCCUUUUUUUUUUUUUUAACGUCCCCUUUCCUGAGCACUCUGUCUCACCUUUUGACUUAUCUCAGGAUUGGGCCCAGAGCCCUGUGGGCGGUGGCUGGCCCCAGAAGUUUUGCCACUUGUCUUCCCUCUGCUGGUCCUGGGCUUUCCUCAGGGGCUGUCCUCAGGAGCACUUCCUUCCCCCCACCCUGGGGCUCCUCCCCAGAGCAUCCCAGCUACAUUCUCAGGUUUCAGGAAGCCGGUGAGCCACAGGAAGAGACUGGGAGGGCUCACCAUGGCUUCCUCUUCCUGGAGCACUCGGGUGUAUAUGUGCGUUGUUUCCGUCCGUCUUUUCCACCUGUGCCGUCCCUGCCGCCCCUUCUCAGAGCCUGGAGACUUGUUCUGAAGGAGGUGAGGGGCUGGGCCCAUGCCUGCCGUCUGGCACAGCACCCUGCCACCCUUCCCACGUCAGCGGGCUCCUUGAGGGGACAUGCAGGCAGUGCUUAACAUCUGCCCCAUCGUUUAAAUAAAAUGCCCCCCUUUUCUUGUCUUGAAAGCGGUGGGGGUUCCCCUGCCUCUCCACCCCUCAUUUCUUUGGAUAAGGAACUGAGAUCCCAUUGGCUUGUUUACCCCCAGGCACUUCUUUGGCACCAGCCUACCGCAUAGGAUGUCCACUUUUGUUCAUCUGUGUGCUUGGGGACUAGCUCAUGUGCU